AUGUCUCUUAGUACCAACUUCUGGGUUACUAUGAUACCGGUACAUGCAUGGCUCGCUCAUCCUUACAUACAGAAUGUAUAUCACAUACAGAAUGUAUGUCAGAAGGCAUCGACAUCCUUUAGUCUGGGACCUAAGUAG